GGCGAUGGUGUACUGAAAUUCCCAGAGACAUUUCCAAAAUAUCUUGGGAAGAAGUGUCUGUCAUGUGCUAGAGAAGAGCGAAAAGGGUAUGAUCCAUGGAACGAUGAAGCAUUAGAACAAUGCGGUACCAGACUCGAGAAAGUUAAUUGUGCCCAUUGGGAGUAGCUGACUGCAACGAAGCGAAAGGGAAGGGAUUAUAGCUUUGAGCUCGACAUAGCGAGCGAGAACUAAAAGUAUUGCGUGGGGUUUCCAUCACGUCCAGCGAAGGGGAUUGUCGAGCUUUGGUGACGGAAAUCCGCAAUUUCUUACAUUUAUACUUCUUGAUUUCUACGGUCGAUUGAGGGCUCGACGAUGAAUAUAACUCACUGAGGUUUGAAUUCUGGAAAGAAAGGUAUACUGGAUUUUGCUCUGGUAAUUUCCGCGCACACGGCAUCGAAUCGCGUCUAGCGAUCGAUGGUAUGGUAAAGAAGGUCUCGGGUGCACUAGAAUUCAGUCGAUCGGCGUGCGUCGUUAUUUAGACUGAAAGUCUCAUUGCGCGGGAACGGGAAUUGUUGCUCUCGAGGGUAAGGAGGCUCUGCAAGGUUAAGACCCGCUGGUUUUAUGGCGUCACGCACUACUACCUCUGCGAGGCUGCUAGGCCGUGGUGUACAUCUGAUCAUGCAGUGUCGGCAACCAUCCUCCAGUGUUCGAAAAUAUACACGAUCGGCCUCUCUUAUAAGGGAAGAAGCAGUCGAUGCUGGGCAGCCGACGUUUGAAACACAUCCUGAGCUUGUGGCACCGGGGGAAAUUAUGCCAGGUAUCACUUCUCAGGAAUUUGCGUUGAGAAGGCAGAAGCUUAGGCAAGUGGUGCCACCAGGAAGUAUAGUGAUUUUAGGAGCUGCAACAACGAAGCAAAUGACAGAUGCUGUUCCCUACCCCUACCGCCAAGAUGCAGACUACCUCUACUUCACGGGCUGCCAGCAGCCAGGUGGUAUCGCCGUCAUUGAUGAUCGUUCCGAUCUUUGCAUGUUCAUGCCUGAGCCCGAUCCAGAGAGAGAGAUAUGGGACGGGAAGUUUGCAGGACCCGAGACAGCUGUAGAUAUCUUUGGAGCAGAUCAGGCCUAUUCAUCCAGACAAAUACCUGAGAUUCUACCCGGUAUGAUCCGCAGAGCAGCAAAUAUCAUUUAUGACACUUCAUGCCCAAAGCCAUUGUUUUGGGGUCUGCCUGAUAUUCAGGAAGCCAAGCAAAAUCACAAAGUUCAAACAUUACAAAAGUACAGUCACAACCUUCGUUGGGUUAAAUCACCAGCUGAAAUACAGCGUAUGAGAGAGGCAGCCGACAUCACUUGUCAGGCGUUUCUGCAAACAAUGUCUGUAUCAAGGCGUUAUCCGCAUGAACGUGUGCUGGCAGCUACCGUGGAGCAUGAGUGCAGAAUCAGAGGAGCCCAGCGCAUGUCGUUCCCUACUGUCUCAGCAGGUGGAGCCAGUGCCAGCGUCAUCCACUAUUCGCGUAAUGACAAGCAAAUUGAGGAGGGGCGCAUGGUGCUGUUGGAUGCCGGAUGCGAGCUUCAUGGCUAUGUUAGUGACAUGACGCGCACCUGGCCUGUCUCAGGCUCCUUCAGUGGCGCAAAUAGAGAAGUUUAUGAGAUUGUUCUGGAGACGAUGAAAGAGUGCUUCAAGCUUUGUAAGCCGGGAAUCACCCUUCGGGAGAUUCAUAUAAAGUCGGGUCUCAUGCUAUCUCGGGGACUUCUAAAGCUUGGUUUGGUUACUGACACUCAAACUCUCGGGCGUACUUUCCGGAGCUUUAACCCAAGUGCAGUUGGCCAUUAUCUUGGAAUGGAUGUACAUGAUUGUGCAGGUAUCAAUAUCGACGUCCCUCUUCAACCAGGAGUGGUUAUCACCAUCGAACCGGCUCUCUAUAUUCCCGUAAAACCUAAUGUACCAGAAAGGUUACGUGGCAUCGGUGUCAGAAUAGAGGAUGAAGUUCUGAUUACCUCAACUGGUCAUGAGAUUCUCACAGCAUCUGCUCCUAAGGAGAUGGACGAAGUUGAAUCGUGGCUCGCCCAAUGUGCGUAGUAGAUUUCAUUACCACGAUCUUCAGAGUAAAAUGUAUUGAGAUGUGCAUCUACAUCAUCUGUUCAUUCACCUCCAGGAAACCAAUUGGAGCAGCACACAGCAUAACCUGCGGAUACUGGAUGAAGGCCAAAUAAAAAUUCUGGAUACAAACUAAUGCAGAAUUCUUCCAGUAUUGUUCAUGAGAUGACACAGGAGGCUUAUGACACAGGCCUUGCAAUACCCAGGAUAAAUGUCCGCAACACAACUUUGAACGUCCGGAGUAAUGUGCAUGACGAACCUCUAUGCACAGGAGAGUGCGUUCCCACCAUCCAUGGCUUCACAGUUGUUAAUGUUCAUGACUAGGUUAUCCUGCUCCAGUCUUCAUGCGUGAUCAAGGCUUCCUACAAGUCCCGAUGUUACCACGUUAGUAUAGACGAGUCCUUACACUGGUCAAACCUUUUAGGAAAAUUCCCAAUAACACCUACAUUGUGCAGGUAACGUCUUUCAGAUCUUCAGUAUGAUGCACUGGUAUCAACACUGGCAGAGAGAGGACUUUAGUCUCAGGUAGUCAUUCAAUUUUUGACCGUAUGAUAUGCUUUUGUAAGCGAUAAUGGAGAAGCAACGAUUGGUGUAUCACUGGUACGCACUACAAAGUAUCAGUAUGAAUUAAAACUACAGCAGUGAUUGUCAUAUCUGCGUGCUC